UACAAAUACACAACCAUGUCAUUAUCUCACAACCACCAAUUCACAUGUAAAUGUUGCACCUUUGGUUCUUUGUGAGCAUUACCCGGAACAACAAAAUUUGACUUGUUAAGUAUAUUGUUAUCAUUACUUAAUAAAUUUGCUAGCUCUUUAGUGCUUCAAACAAGUGAGAAACCAAACUCAAAUUUUUGUUACCAUAUUUUGUGUAGUUUUACAUUCUAAUAAUGGGAAAUAGUUUAGGUGGAAAAAAAUCCACAAAGGUGAUGAAAAUUGAUGGUGAAACAUUCAAGCUAAAGACACCGGUGAAAGCCGGUGAAGUGCUUAAGGAUCACCCUGGUCUUGUCUUGUUAGAAUCCGAGGAAGUGAAGCAUUAUGGAGUUAGAGCAAAACCAUUGGAAGCACACAAAGAGUUGAAGCCAAAAAGACUCUAUUUUCUUGUGGAACUUCCAAAGGAAAGUCGGGUUACAAGAAGGGUUCGUUCGGUGAUUAAUAUGAGUGCUAAAGACAGACUCGAGAGUCUGUCUUUAGCUCGAAGGUCAGCUUCUGACCUUACGAUUAUGAAACCAAUGAACGACUUUGAGGUGGGAAAAGAAGAUUUGACGAAUGGCGGGGUGAGGUUGAAAAUGAGACUUCCAAAGGCAGAUGUUGAGAAGUUGAUGCAAAGUAGUAAAGAUGAGGGUGAGGCUGCCGAGAAGAUUAUGAGUCUUUGCAUGGCUAAUGGUAAUAAUGAUAAGAAGAUGAAAAAGGAAAUGCAUUGGAAGGGUAGCAGAGGAGUUGGUGAAUACAAAAAGGCUUAUGAGAGAAGAGUGAGUUUUAUGCCAAUCAAUGAAGGAAGUUGUUCGAUAUCUGUAGCUUCCUAACCUUGAAGCUAAACUUGGAACCCUCACUGUUGCUGACUUGCUGCUAGUGCUAGCUAUCUCCCAAAAUUAAUGAAAUUUAUAAUGUUUUUUUAAUGCUUAGUUUAAUGUAAGAGCAAUACACUUAUGUAUUAUAUGAAGAAUCACAUGUACUGUGAUUAAAAUAAUUAAAACAUGGUGUUUGUAAGUCA